CGACUGCAGUAAGUGGCCCCGCCCCUCCCCAUUGACGGCAAAAUGGCGAAGGAGAGCUGUGAUGAAGUGAACAUGGACCCUGAUAUGGAUCUCCUGAGUGACGAAGAAUUAGAAAGGGAUGCAGAGGUCUUCAAGGAGCAAGGCAAUGCCUUUUAUAUCAAGAAGGAUUACGCAGAAGCAUUCAAUUAUUACACCAAGGCCAUAGACAUGUGUCCAAAGAAUGCAAGUUACUAUGGAAACCGGGCAGCCACGCUAAUGAUGUUGUGUCGGUACAGAGAGGCUUUAGAGGAUUCCCAGCAAGCAGUACGACUAGAUGACGACUUCAUGAAGGGCCACCUGCGAGAGGGCAAGUGCCACCUGACGCUCGGCAAUGCAAUGGCUGCCAGACGCUGUUUCCAGAGAGUUCUGGAGCUGGAGCCUGACAACGGCCCGGCUCAGCAGGAGGUCAAGAAUGCAGAGUCCAUCCUUGAAUAUGAGAGAAUGGCAGAGAUUGGAUUUGAGAAGAGAGACUUCAGGAUGGUUGUUUUUUGCAUGGACCGUGCCUUGGAGUCAGCUGCAGCCUGUCACAGGUUUAAGAUACUGAAGGCAGAGUGCUUAGCACUGCUGGGACGCUACCCUGAAGCUCAAUCUGUGGCCAGUGAUAUACUCCGAAUGGACUCCACUAACGCUGAUGCUCUGUACGUGCGAGGCCUCUGUCUGUACUAUGAGGACUGCAUUGAAAAGGCUGUCCAGUUCUUUGUUCAAGCCCUGCGCAUGGCACCUGACCACGACAAGGCUCGGCUCGCAUGCAGAAAUGCAAAAGCACUAAAAGCCAAGAAGGAGGAGGGGAACAAGGCGUUCAAGGAGGGGAACUUUGAGGCAGCCUGUGAGCUUUACACUCAGGCCCUCACAAUAGAUCCCAACAACAUCAAGACUAAUGCCAAGCUGUUCUGUAACAGGGCCACCGUUGGAUCGAAGCUAAAUAAACUAGAACAGGCCAUUGAAGACUGCACAAAGGCCAUUAAACUGGAUGAGACCUACAUCAAGGCCUAUUUACGGAGAGCACAGUGCUUCAUGGACACAGAGCAGUAUGAAGAGGCAGUGCGAGAUUAUGAGAAGGUUUACCAGACAGAGAAGACAAAAGAACAUAAGCACUUCCUGAAACAGGCCCAACUGGAGUUGAAGAAAAGCAAGCGGAAAGAUUACUACAAAGUGCUUGGAGUGAAUAAGAACGCCACAGAGGAGGAAAUCAAGAAAGCAUACCGCAAACGGGCACUUUUACAUCACCCAGACCGUCACAGCGGAGCUAGUCCUGAGUUGCAGAAGGAAGAGGAGAAGAAGUUCAAGGAGGUGGGCGAGGCCUUCAGCGUGUUGUCAGACCAAAAGAAGAAGACACGCUAUGACAGUGGUCAGGAUCUGGAGGAUGACAGCAUGAACAUGGGAGCAGACUUUGAUGCCAACAACAUUUUCAAGGCAUUCUUUGGAGGCCCAGGAGGUUUUAGUUUCGAAAGUCAGAAAUCAUCUGGUCCGGGAAAUUUCUUCUUCCAGUUUGGUUAAUCGGAGGAGGAUUUGUCUACCUAAAGAGUUACUACAUCAGGACUUUUCAACAAUAUCAACCCCAACCCACCAUGCGUAUUUAAUGACUGGCUAAUUGCAAGUCAAUUCCCUGUCUAUGCCAUUGACUGAAUGAAUGCAACCCAAUGACCACAUGCAACAAGCGAUGUACUUGCAUGUAUUGCAACGAGACCAAGUGCACAGGAUGAGUUGAUAGCAUUACUGCUUUUAAAUAGUUUUUUAUUCUUUUCAGAAUGAAACACACUUUAAAGAUAGCAAUGGCUGCCAACAAUGGUCCAAAUACUUGCUGAUAGCAGAGAUUGUGCAGCUAUCAUAUCAGAGCUUUUAGGGAUGCAUACAGGAAGUGACAUCUUUAGGAAACUUUGGAGAUGCAACUAAGCCAGCUUUUAUCCAGCUCACCUUACUGCUGAGGCGGCACUCUGCAUGAAAGUAAUAAGUUGUUUAAUGAUUUCUGAAGCAAAUCACUUAGACUGUCUCUGUAGAGGCAGACAGUUGGCUGCUAUAAAUUUGCACUAAAAACUGCCUUCUUGUCAUAAGCCAAUAGAAGCUCUUCAGCGUUUAGUUUUAAAUUCACAGCUGGUGUCUCGAGCUCCACUCGCAAUACAGCUGAAGUACAUUAGAGAGAUGGCAACAAAGACAGCGGUGGCCCCCUCCCUUCGUUGCCACAAGUUUUAUGUUUGAUGUUGCCAUUCACAGAUUGCUGAAUUGUACAUUUUACUGGAAUGGAAAGUGUUUAUUUGUGAUUUUUUUGAUUUGUAUAUUUAUUGUAAAUUUGCUGUCUAACAGAACCAUUGGUGUAAGAUGAGGACACUUUUCUCUGAAAGGUUUGUAAGAGUUUAUGAUCAACCCUUUGACACAAAUUCAGGAAGGUAAUUGUUUUUGCUUGGCCUACACAUCAUAUUAUGCUGAGAUUAUACUCCAUGUGUUCAUUGACUGUGAAGCAAGUUAUCAAAUGUUACUCAAUUCAACAUAUGACCAUAAGAAAAUAACCUAUGUGUUUGCUAUUGUCUAAGAAAGUCAGGCAGUGUGCAAUGGUGUAUUCCUGGUAACGUUCAGUUACUUCCUGAUGAGUGUUGUUGUUCUAUUGGUGCACUUAAUGAAGAAAAGAAAAGCGACCUCAUCUUUACUCAUUGUUGUUGCCCUUAUGGUGAAACCAUCCUCUUUAUCCUUAAAAAAAGUACCAGCCAAGUCAAUAAAGUUGGCCUCCUCUGGGUUUCCUCUAAA